AGAGGCCAGGGAACGGCUUAGGAGCAUGGCGGGUGGCGAUCGGCUCCUCCCCAAGGGCUUCCCGAAGCUGAAGAACGACACGUUCCUGCGCGCGGCGCGCGGGGAGCAGACGGAGCACACCCCGGUGUGGUGCAUGCGGCAGGCAGGGCGCUACCUGCCAGAGUUUCGGGAGACACGGGCGUCGCAGGAUUUCUUUGCCACUUGCCGGAGCCCCAAAUUGUGCUGUGAGCUGACGCUGCAGCCACUAAGACGAUUCCCCCUGGAUGCUGCCAUCAUCUUCUCUGACAUCUUGGUGGUGCCCCAGGCACUGGGCAUGGAGAUUGUCAUGGUCCCUGGCAAAGGACCCACGUUCACAGAGCCCCUGAAGGAGGUGGAGGAUCUGCUGAAACUGCGACAGAAGGUGGAUGUCACGGCAGAGUUAGGCUACGUCUUCCAGGCCAUCACACUGACACGGCACAGCCUGGAGGGCAAGGUGCCACUCAUCGGCUUCUCGGGGGCACCGUGGACGCUCAUGUCCUACAUGAUCGAAGGUGGUGGCUCCACUACAAUGGCCAAGGCCAAGAGCUGGCUAUACCGUCACCCCGAGGCAAGCCACCGUCUGCUACGCCUGCUGGCUGAUGUCAUCAUCGACUACCUGGUGGGGCAGGUGGCUGCUGGAGCGCAGGCGCUCCAGCUGUUUGAGUCCCAUGCAGGGCACCUGGGCCCGGAGCUGUUUCAGGACUUUGCCCUGCCUUACAUCCGGGACAUUGCCCAGGCUGUCAAGAGCAAGCUGAAGGAGGAGGCACUGCCCCUGGUGCCCAUGAUCAUCUUUGCCAAGGAUGCACACUACGCCCUGCGCGACCUGGCCCACGCCGGUUACGAGGUCGUUGGUCUCGACUGGACCAUCCGGCCCCAGGAAGCUCGUGCACAGAUAGGAAAAGAUGUCACCCUGCAAGGGAACCUGGAUCCAUGUGCUCUCUAUGCACCCAAGGAGAAGAUUGGCGAGCUGGUGAAGAAGAUGCUGGAGAGUUUUGGGACCCAACGUUAUAUUGCCAACCUGGGCCACGGCCUCUACCCUGACAUGAACCCUGAACAUGUGGGUGCCUUUGUGGAAGCUGUGCAUGCUCACUCCCGUCAUAUCAACAAGCACAGCUGAGCCUGGGGCCUUGGGGACAGGACUCUGGUUUGGGCACAGUCACCCAUGUUGUCACAGGCUCACUCUAGGCUGGGCUGCAGCAUUAAACCAGGACCUUCUCUGCAGCAGCCGUGUGGCUCUGGCUGGGGGGAUGGGGAACUGGACGGCCCUGAAGGAGAUGGGAAGUCGUAGCAGGCUGCUAGAGGAGCAUGUGUGGUGAGGGGGAGCCCCUGAGCCCCAUCCUGCAGAUCCAAAUGGGGAAACGGAUGGCAGCAAAUUGUGGAGGAUUCCUCUCCCUGCCAAGCUGCAGUGUCCACACUUGCAACAGAGGAUGUGAGCCCAGGGCACAACAGCCAUCUUCUGAGGAUGGAUUGCUCAGCUCUGCUAGGGAAGGUGGGUGCCUGAGCCUGGCAGGGUCACAGCCUGGGAGCUUGGGGCUCACAGCCCACCACUGGCAGAGACUCAGCAUCAGCUGUCCCACAGUCCUGCUCAGGUUGAAAUGGGCAAUGUGUCCUCAACCCAGGCUAGUCUCAAGGGGCUGGGAGAGCCAGCAGGACUCACCUGGGAGAGACAGCUGCCAAAAUGGCAGGAGAACCUUUGACACAGCACCACCAGCCCCCUACCACACUGGCUGGGAUGGCAACAGAGGCACCAUGGCCCUCCUCCUCCAGCUCCCAAAGGCUCUUUAGGACCAUCCCCCUGAUCCUAGAGUGUUCUCCCAUGCACACCUCCCCAUGUCCUGAUCCUCAGGGCCAAGCUUGCCUGGGGCUUAGCAAACCCUGCAAAAAGCAGCCCAGGAACCCCAAGUUAGAACUCCUUGCCACCCCAUUCCACACUGCAGCACACUCACUGCGGUCCAGGCUGGCGGCAGGACGGAUCAAGACACGGAGAAACGCUGGUCUAGCUGGCAUGGAUAGGGCAGUGUCUCCAGCAGGGGCAAGGACCUACUAACAUUGUACAUGGCAGGGAGUUGCACCCAGAAGCAUCCAGGAUGCCCUGUCCCUGCUCUGUCCCCCUCUUCAAGAGCUGGCUACCACAGGGGGCUGCAACACUGCACAAGUGUGGUGAUCCCCCCAACUUCAGAGAAAGGCAGGAAAGACACAGGCGGUAACGUUCAUCCCUUUUAUUAUUAAACAUCAGAUGAAGAGGUCGCACACACACAUACACGCACGCACGCAAAAAAAAAAAAAAA